AUGCUAAUAUCACCUCCAUUUUAUAGUCAAGGAUAUGGAGACAAACUGGCUAUUCGACUUCCCCAGGGUCCUGCAGCUGGUAAAUGGCUGAAGCCAGAUCAUCCUGACCACGGGUCCGGCACUCCUGCUCCUCUUCCACUGGCUACCUCAAUCAACAGGUGGACAAGAAGCAAUUUGGCUAAUCUAACCUGCCGAGCAUUCUUUGGAUACAGUGGAGAUGUCAGUCCUUUAAUUUACUGGAUGAAAGGAGAGAAGUUUAUUGAAGAUCUUGAUGAAAAUCGGGUCUGGGAAAGUGACAUUAGGAUUCUUAAGGAACAUCUUGGGGAGCAAGAAGUUUCCAUCUCAUUAAUCGUUGACUCUGUAGAGGAAGGAGAUUUGGGAAAUUACUCUUGUUAUGUUGAAAAUGGAAAUGGACGCAGGCACGCCAGUGUUCUCCUUCAUAAACGAGAACUGAUGUAUACAGUUGAACUUGCUGGUGGGUUGGGUGCCAUUCUGCUGCUGCUUGUAUGUUUGGUGACAAUCUACAAGUGUUACAAGAUUGAUAUCAUGCUCUUCUAUCGGAAUCAUUUUGGAGCAGAAGAAAUUGAUGGAGACAACAAAGAUUAUGAUGCGUAUUUAUCAUAUACCAAAGUGGACCCUGACCAGUGGAAUCAAGAGACUGGAGAAGAAGAAAGAUUUGCCCUUGAAAUUCUGCCUGAUAUGCUGGAAAAACAUUAUGGGUACAAAUUGUUCAUUCCAGACAGAGAUUUGAUCCCUACUGGAACAUACAUUGAAGAUGUGGCGAGAUGUGUGGAUCAAAGUAAGCGGCUGAUUAUAGUUAUGACUCCUAAUUAUGUGGUAAGAAGAGGCUGGAGUAUCUUUGAACUGGAGACCCGACUUCGAAAUAUGCUAGUCACAGGAGAAAUUAAAGUGAUAUUAAUUGAAUGUAGUGAACUUCGAGGAAUCAUGAACUACCAGGAGGUGGAAGCUCUAAAGCACACCAUCAAACUCCUGACGGUUAUUAAAUGGCACGGACCAAAAUGCAACAAGUUGAAUUCUAAAUUCUGGAAACGUUUACAAUACGAAAUGCCUUUUAAGAGGAUAGAGCCCAUCACCCACGAGCAGGUGUUAGACGUCAGCGAGCAGGGGCCCUUCGGGGAGCUGCAGACUGUCUCAGCGAUCUCCAUGGCCGCCGCCACGUCCACCGCACUUGCCACUGCCCAUCCAGACCUGCGUUCCACGUUUCACAACACGUACCAUUCACAAAUGCGUCAGAAACACUAUUAUCGAAGCUACGAAUACGACGUACCUCCUACCGGCACCCUGCCUCUUACCUCAAUAGGGAACCAGCAUACCUACUGUAACAUCCCUAUGACACUUAUCAACGGACAGCGGCCGCAGACAAAAUCGAGCAGGGAGCAGAACCCAGACGAGGCCCACACAAACAGUGCAAUACUGCCGCUGUUACCACGGGAGACCAGCAUAUCCAGCGUGAUCUGGUGA